AUGGAUCAAAAUUUUGGAGAAACUUCAAAUAAUGUUACCAAGAUACCGUGGUUGUAUGAUAUUAAUCCUGAUGAUGCCAACUGGAUUAUUACUAGUUCUUUCAUGAUUUUUACCAUGCAAACUGGUUUUGGUAUGCUGGAAUCAGGAUGUGUUUCUUUAAAAAAUGAAGUUAAUAUCAUGAUGAAAAAUGUUGUUGAUAUUGUAUUGGGAGGUUUGACCUACUGGAUGUUUGGUUUCGGCAUGUCCUUCGGUCGAAGUAAAGGAACCACUGGAUUUAUGGGAAUCGGUGAUUAUUUCGUAGAUCCUUCCUUAGACGAACCAUCAAAGGGUGCUGUGUACGCUGCCUUCAUCUUUCAAUUGUCGUUUGCUACCACAGCCACCACUAUUGUAAGCGGAGCAAUGGCAGAGAGAUGUAAUUUUAAAGCAUAUUGCCUAUUCAGUUUCUUAAAUACUGCAAUCUACUGUAUACCUGCAGGAUGGAUAUGGGGCGACCACGGUUUUCUGAAAAAUUUAGGUGCCGUUGAUAUAGCUGGGUCAGGAGCUGUCCACUUAAUAGGUGGGAGUGCAGCUUUUUCAAGCGCGUUAAUGUUAGGACCAAGGCUUGGAAGAUACGAUAAUGGCAUUGCUUCUUUACCAUUGGGAAACCCCGUUAAUGCUGUUAUGGGUUUAUUUGUAUUAUGGUGGGGAUGGUUGUCAUUUAAUUCUGGAAGUACGUAUGGAUUAAACGGUGAAAAAUGGCACUACGCAGCUCGCGCAGCAGUAAUGACGAUGUUGUCCACCUUUGGAGGAGGAACAGUCAGUAUAAUUUUUACAAUUAUAAAGUUAAACGGAAAAAUUGACCCAAUAGAUAUAAUCAAUGGUAUUCUUGGGUCACUGGUAGCAGUAACGGCUGGCUGUUUUCUUUAUGAAGGUUUGUUAUAAUGGGCCAGUAAAAUUACCUUAAUACAAAGUUGCUUAGUGUGU